AUGGAGUGGAGACGUGCUGCCAUCCGUUUUGUGUGUCUGCUCUGGGUCUGCAGCAAUAGCAUCAUUGCCGGCCAACCAGCAGAGUCUGAAACCUCGACGUCACCUGAUAAAGGAUCAUGCUGCAAUCUUUGCCGCCCUGAAUGUCAAGUGGGGUCACUCGGCCAUCCGGGGAUACCUGGGAUGCCCGGGAACAACGGAAAUCCGGGCCCGAGCGGUCCUAAGGGAGACCAAGGAUUGGGCCUACCGGGACCCAAAGGGAACCCGGGUGACCGAGGACAGGCAGGAGAUCAGGGUGAGCCGGGGUUCCGGGGUCCGGCGGGGAAACUUGGGCCGCCUGGUCCGAGCGGCGAAAAAGGACUAAAGGGGGAGCCAGGAGAAACGACCGUUGUGACGCCAACACCGCCCACUAUCGUCGCCUUCAGUGCCGUACUGACUUCGCAUUUCCGCGGAGGUAGUGGUGCUGACGUAGUCUUUUCAAGCGCCACGACAAACAUCGGGGACGGGUACGAUUCGCAGUCGGGCGUGUUCACCUGCCCAGUUGCCGGCGCGUAUUUCGUCAGCGUCAAUCUGAUGAGUUUGGGCGACGACAGCGGGGUGUAUCAUCACUUGAAGCUUAACGGACAAACCGUCAUAACACUGCAUGACAAUCAAGCACGUUUCCAUCACCAGUCUAGCAAUUCGGCCAUCAUUAUAUUGGCUACAGGUGAUAGGGUCUGGCUUGAGGCCGGUGCUUCGGGUCGUGGUGUCUAUGGUGACGGACGGCAUUUUUCAUCUUUUUCGGGUUUUCUGAUCAGCGCGAUGUAGGGGCCUAAUAUAAGAAAACCUUUUUUCCCCUCCAAUUUAAUCUUUUCUUUUUAUAAUACGAGAGAAAGAAAAUCCAGAAUCGAUCUCCAUUUACUUUGCCGAUGUGGUCGCUUUCACUUUUCUUAUGGGCCGUAAAUAAGAAAAAUAAUGUAAAGCAUGAGCGUCCUUAUUGCCGAAGCUGACUUGAUGAUGCCAUGAAUGGAUAAGAAACGAUAACCUCUAAAAACUUGAGUGAAAAUGAAAAAUGGGAUGAUUUCGUUGGCUGAAGCAGCAACGGUUGUUAAAGGACGCUAGUGUCAUUUUCAUAUGUUGGCCACAUUUAUAUUUCACAAGUCAU